UUUCGAAACAAAAGUUUAUUGCAUAUUUAUUUCUUUUCCUCACCAAUUCUGACGUUGCAAUGUAGGCACGUUACCGAUCAUUUUUGGGUGUUCGGUUCCCUAGAAGGCCUAUAUUCACCCAUAUUAUGUAUACAGUUUUAAAUCAAUCUACUUAUAAUAACAAAUAUUAUUGAACACUCUACAUGUAUUUAUUUCAACAAAACCAAUCAAUGUAAAAAAUCAGGUACAAUUCAGGACCAACAAUAAUAAUAAUCAAAAAUAAGUACUAAGUGCUAAAUAGCAUUAACAAAUGUAAUAAAAAUAUUCUUAAAGUUAUAAAUUUUAAAACAUAACACGGCAACACACUAUAGCAGAUUUGAGGCAUUUCGACGUUUUAGUAGUAGAAUAGUAGUAGACAACCCGUACCAAAUGUGUCAUUAGUAGUUUAUAGAUUUAUACAAUGUUCGCUCUGGAGUCUAGCAUGAUGUGAUCAAUUCUCCUUAAUACAGUUCUUUAUACAGGGGCAACGAGGGUAUAAGCUGUCUAUUAGUUAGAGGGUAUUUUUAAAACAUUGCAACCGCUGUGGGAGUGUGAAAAAUUAAAAAUUAAAAAAUAUGAUAAAUACUGGUCAACUAGUUUUUAAUAGAGACCCAAAAAGCUAAGAAAUCAUUUUUAAAGUGCAUUUUUUAUUUAAUCUCAGUUACUAUUGCGGUCGUCUUUAAUGUCGAGUGGUGAUAAGUCAAAUAAGAAUCCAUAAAGAAUAUUUUGUACAUACAAUACAUGUGCAUAUAUACAUAUUACAUUUAGAUUAAAAUGAUAUACCAAGAGUUUUUUCUGUCCAUUAUAAUUCUGCAUUCGGUUUCAUGGAACAUAGUCAUGGUAGACGGAGCUAAAAUUCUUGGUUUAUUUGCACACCCCAGUGAAAGCCAUUUCGAAGUAAUGCAAAGUUUAAUGUUGGAAUUAGCAAAACGUGAGCACAAUGUUACCGUUUAUAGCAGUCACCGCCUGAAUGAACGUAUAGAAAAUCUACGAGAAAUAAUUGUUGAGCCGGAAUUUCCUUUUUGGAAGCAAUUUUUAGAAGUAACGGGUAGCCAAGCAGGAGGCCUCCUUAAAGCAAACGAACUAACCGAAAGGGCAAUGCAAAAGUCACUGGCCACUACGGGUGCCAGCGCGGUUAAUUACUUCUUGUCAAAUGAAGCCGUAAAGAAAUUGCUUAAUUUGCCUGUCAAUGAGUUUGAUUAUGAUUUGAUAAUUGUGGAUUUAUUCUACACCGAGGCUUUGCUAGCAGUGGGACAUUUUUACAACAAGCCUACAAUUGCUAUUUUAAACACGAAUUUUGAGAAUUACAUGGAUCGUGUGUUAGAGCAAAUGGUACCGGCCGCCUGUUCACCUAUAUGUUAUGAGGCUUACAAACCAGAGGCCGGUUAUUGGAAUCGAUUAGGGGUCAUUCGUUACUGUUUGUCACGAAGAAAACAAUUUAUUAAAGACAAUUGGGGCGCACAAGAAUCGGUGAUCCGAAAACAUUUUUCACAAUUUAAAGGCGUGAGCGAACUUAACAUCGGUACGUUGCAGGCUGAGUUGGCAGUCUUGCUGCUCAACAGUCACGUCCCAUUGUUAACACCUCGACCGCUGCUAUUAAAUACCGUAGCUGCCGGUGGUAUGCACAUACGACCACCACGUGAAUUACCUUGGUCACUUCGUCGCUUCUUGGAUGAAUCGCGAGCAGGCGUCGUCUACAUGAACCUUGGCAAUGAACAACUCUGUACAGACGUACCAAAACACAUAAUGCAGUUACUCCUAAAUACACUGGGCAAACGAAAAGAACGUGUGGUGUGGACUUGUCACGAUCACACGGCGUUGAAGAAUUUACCUACCAAUAUAAUGGUCCAACAUGCAGUAGCACAAGCAGAUAUUUUGGCACAUCCUCAUGUGCAUAUAUUUCUUAUGAAUGGUGAAUUACUUAGUAUGCAGGAAAGCAUAAUGCGACAUGUGCCUAUGAUUGGUGUGCCUAUAUUUCGCAAUGAAGUGCGCAACGUGGAAUUAGCAGUGCGACUCGGUAUUGGAAUUCAUCUGAACCACAAUAACUUGACGGAGACGGCACUCAAUUGGGCGAUGCAGACCAUCAAAGAAGACAGCACAUAUCAGUUGAAAAUUCGUCAGGUGGCCACUACCUUCCGUGAUCGGCCGUUAGGUGCUGUGGAAACGUGCAUGUACUGGAUGGACUAUGUAUUACGUCAUCAGAACGGAGCAGUUUUGAAAACUCUUGGUGUGAGCAUACCUUCCAGUCAAUUACAUCUUUUUGACUUAUUUAUUUUCUAUUUUGCCAUUGCACUAUUAAGUGUAGGCAUGCUAGCUGCUGCCUUUUAUGGUAUAAUAAUAUUGAUGAGAAAACGUGAAAUAGGAAAAAUGUACUCAAAACAAAGUUAAUAUAUUGAAUUGCAUAAAAUACAAAACAAAUUUGUUCUUUGUUGAAUUGAUCUUUUAUUAUCGGCCACUGUUUUGCGUCGGUGACUGUUUGUGCCGUAAUGACAACAAUACAUACGUAAUAAUGUUAUAAACCAAUCAGUGAGUAGCUAUUUAUAAAAAACUAUGUUACGAUCUGGGUUGCUAUUAAUACUUAACGGUAAAAAAAAGUCGUAGUCAUCGACUAGGAGUCGCUUCUAAUCGAUUCAAGACUGGCUCAGAUUCAGAUAGAUUAUAAAAAGUCUGACUUAUACUCUUUUGAAAUACUACGAUUACCGAUUAGGCUGUAUUUUCGUAGCGUCGUUUUUAAAUAAAAUAGGCUAAAUCGAAAAAAUAUAAAAUGAGUGUGUUUAGAACAUAUAGAAGUAGUUAAAGAUUUCAUAUGAGUGGUAAUUGUACAGAAAGUGUAUAAUUUAAUGCCACAUAUAGUGCAUAAUAUGAAAUAAAUUAAAAUAAUAUUUUAAGUCGCUAAUAGGCCUUGUUGCCAAUUCUUCUUUCUGAAGGGGACAUCAGACAAAUUCUUCAAUUUCUGAUUUUUAGCAUCGUCGUGAACACCCUACAAGAUGGUGGUAACCAAUUCACUAACACACUUGUAAAAUUUCACUUCUUACACCACUACAUAUUUAAAACUAACUUUUUCCUUUUAAAUGGAAAACUCUGUUAUAAGAGGAGCAACAUUCAUCAUGCAAAAAUUUUGAAUGCGAAAGAAUGCGAGUCACAUACCAUUUUCCAUCAACAAUGACCGACAUUAUUUGGAAAAUUUGUUUGAGAGGAAAACUCUUAAUGCGCUGCCCGAGCGGGAAAUCGAGUGAUUUUGCAGCGCUCCACACUUUGCACGAAGUACAUAUAUAUGUAGCGGAGGAGUUCCAUCUGUCAGCCGAGGCGUUCGAAUGGUUGAUAGGUGAUAUUGAAACGUGUUUUCAGCAGGCAUUAGCUAACCUUGGCGAAAAAGUGGGUGCUCUGGUUGCGCAGAGUUUGGGUGAACACGCUACACAGAUGACACUCAACACUUUCCAUUUCGCUGGUGUGUCCGUCAAAUAACGUUUCAUUGGGUGUGCAAGGUCUAAAGGAAAUCAUUACUAUAUCCAAGAAAUCAAGAACUCUCUAACAGAAAUGAAUGCUGUACUGAAGUUCUACAGCUUGUACGUAAACUAUCGUGCUUUGGGCUUGUGUGAGGUAAUGACAACUUACAAUUAAAUUAUAUAACUCUUCCAGAUGUAUAAUAAUAUAUGUAUAAGUAUGAAUAAUUUCAUCGUAACUGGCCAAUGUUGUAAAUUUCUAUGUUCAAUAUGUAUAUACAUUUACAAUAUAUAUUGGAAUUUUUAUUAAAAA